CAGACAAAGCGAGAAGACACUGUAAGUACCUGGAAUGAUACAUACUGGAGGGGGCGGCAUGCGGCCUUGGCCGCCUUGGCUUCUUCGGUGCCAUUGUUCAACUUCUCGGCCCGCACGACAUCACGCAUAAUGUCAUUCUUCAGCGGCCUCGUCACACCGGGCUCGUCGCAGUCGCGGCUGGUCGUCUCGAGUCGGGCCUGCCGAGGAACGUGUGCGCUGUCGUCGAGAAGAUGCUGGAUCGUGCCGUCGAGAACCGAGUAGAGUUGAAAACUAACAUGGUUAAAAAGGUGUCAUUCAAACCAUUUUUCAGAACAACUUUCAACUUGCAGUCACAACGACGCUGACACGAUACUGAGAUUCUACGUCCGGAACGUUUAGAUUCUCAUUUCACAACCAAACCCACACAACAUACUCAACAUGUACACCAACGCAAUCAUCGCCUUCGGCCUGGCCACCGUUGCCAGUGCCCACAUGAAGAUGGCCACUCCCGUUCCUUAUGGCGCAUCCAGCCUUAACAACAGCCCCCUGGAUGCUAGCGGCAGCGACUUCCCCUGCAAACAGCGAUCUGGAGUCUACGACGCCGAGGGUGCUUCCAACGUUUACGCUCAGGGAGCCGGCGGCUCGCUCUCAUUCAUCGGCUCCGCUGUUCAUGGCGGAGGCUCCUGCCAGGUUUCUAUCACUUACGAUGCUAAGCCCGACAAGAACAGCGUCUGGAAGGUCAUCAAGUCCAUUGAGGGAGGCUGCCCCGCCAAGAACGCCGCAGGCAACCUGGGUGACAAUGCCAACCAGGUCAACCAAGACAAGUACGACUUCACGGUCCCAGAUGACAUGCCUGCUGGCAACGGUACCAUCGCCUGGACUUGGUUCAACAAGAUCGGCAACCGCGAGAUGUACAUGAACUGCGGACCUGUCACCAUUACCGGCUCCGAGGGCUCCCAGGAAGCUUACAACGCUCUCCCCGAUAUGUUCGUUGCCAACAUCGGCAACUGCCAAACCGAGGAGACCACUGAUGUUCAGUUCCCUAACCCCGGUAACUCUGUUGACAAGUUCGGCGAGCCUUCGGCGCUCAAGGCUCCUCCCGCUGCGUGUGGCGGCGGUUCUGGUGGCGGUUCCGGCACCCCCAAGCCCAGCAACACUGCCGGCAACGGUGGCGCGCCCGCUCCCACCGCCCCUGCCUCUUCCAAGCCCUCCGCACCGAAGCCUACGGCCGGCGCUGGUCUUCCCGGCGGUGUUUUCAUCACCGUGCCUUCCAAGGGUGGCGCUUCCGCGACUCCUGCUCCCUCCCCUUCCGAGGCGCCUGUGGCCGCUCCCAGCGCUGCUCCCAGCGCUGCUCCUAGCGCUGCUCCUGCUGCCCCUUCUUCCGGUACUGGCAGCGGCUCCGGCUCCGGUUCUGGCAACGGUACUGAGACACCUUCAACUGGCGCUGGUGUUCAGACCGUCGGCUCCGCCUGCACUAACGAGGGCGCAUGGAACUGUGUCAGUGGCACCUCCUUCCAGCGCUGCGCCAGCGGCACCUGGUCUGCCGUCCAGCAGCUUGCCGGCGGUACCGCCUGCUCCGCCGGCAUGGGCUCCGAUCUCAGCAUGGUCGUGACCCGAAACGGUCGCACUCGUGCUCUGCGCCAGCGCUCCCUUCGCUUCCGUUUCGCCUAAGCUGGUUGAUGGCGAACAUUUUGAUGAACGGUUUAGCAUUUACGGGAUAUGAUACCUCAGGGAGGAAACUGGAUAAAGUCAUGACGACAUGUAAGGCUCGGCACAAACAUUUGCGGCGUUUGCUUUCUUUGAACAUUUACUACCAUUUUCUGUAUAUACACUUUUGCAUGCUUAAGGGGGCUUAGAUGCUUGUAUCAGCUACGAGAAAGAAGAGAGUGAUAUCAUGAAUAGCAUAAGA